UAGAAAUGGCCACUUGUGCAGAAAAGCCUCUCGGACUAGUUCUAUUAAGUAUUCUGCAAUAUUUGCAGUCUGAGUUGCGCCCUAUUUCUCUUCAAGAACUGAAAGACAAACUACACGUGGACGUCGAAGCGGACCCAGAACUGAAAGAAAACUUGAAAACCAAUCCACGCAUUUUGAUAGAGCCGGAUGGUCGUUUGAGGUGGAAGAGCAAAUACUUUUUGCGAAACAAGGAAGAUUUGGUGGCAGUUAUACAACGGAAUCCCGUCGGUAUCGACAAAAAGGACCUCUUAGAUGCUUACAAAGGAGUGGAAGAAGACUUGGAGAGUCUAUUACAUAGUCAGCCACCCCAAGUAUUAAGUAUUCGAAACAACUUUUACAAACAAGAGUUUUUAUUUCCAGCUGAACCCAAGUGGUUUUAUCCCGUAAGUGAAGACGUUCGACAGUUGUGGUACGAAAUACGUGUUCCUGACCCUGUCGAUGUGCAUCGUCAUUUGACUAGUCGAGGACUGAAACAAGUUUCUCGAGACAAUAGACAACCAGAACGUGUUGUCAUCCGUAAGAGACCCAAGUCUUACGAUAACAAAACAAGAAAAGUUGGUAGACGUGCAAGACUUACAAACGAACACUUGGAAGGAACAGCUCUCGAUCCUAAUCAGAUUAUAGAAAACCAUCAAAACUCAGCCUUUUCCAUGUAAAGUAUUUUUGUUGAUGUAGAAAGAGAUCC